GUACCUAAUCCAUAGAAAGAGGUAACACUAAACUACAUUCAAAAAGCUCGGAAACUUAGUCAUAAAUUUCCGGGAGACUGCAGAUUGAUCAGCUUAUUAAAAUUGUAAUACAAUAUGCACACAGCGGCACGACUACGUCAAAGUUAGGUCAGUGCAGACGGCAUUAGAGGAAUAUGGGAAAAUUCCAAUUUUACUUUGGCAGUUGUGACAACAACCUACUGGAUGUAGUUAAAUAAAUUGAAUCGCAGAAAAACUUAUGUUUUUCAUUUGUAGAAUUUAUUUAUAACAUAAUAAGUAUGAUCCACAAUUAUGAAAUAUUAAUUCCACAAAACUGAAAUUAACUUCAAUAUGCAAGUUUUUAACCUCUAAAAAUUCACCUUAAUAAUUCAUAUCUCAAUAGUUUGCGUUUGUCAUCAAGUACGUUAGAAUUUAAAAAAUCAGUUAACGAUUGUUUGAAAAUAAUUAGUAAUAAUUUAUUAAGACCAGUGUAUUAUUAUUAAUAACAUAAUUGUUAAUUAACGUAUUUUUGAUUAUUACAAAUUUGCCAUAACCUAAUCAUAAGGUACACACCGAGCGGGGUUAUAUAUAAACGGUUUUAGAGAUGAUCCUAUGAACAUGUUUUUAUAAUAAAAGAGAAUAGCGGGGCUACUUAGUGUAGAUGAAAGGGAAUUGUUAAUCAGGAUCUUUCUAUUGCAGUCCACAUUAAAAUAGAUAAGACGAGCAGACCUUCGAGUUAGAAAUAAAUAAUAUAGAAUUUUAAAUUGCUGCGUGUUGUAUGUUAGCUUUAGAUCCUGAGGGUGUUUGUCAGUUCACCUACCAGGCGCGUCCCCACCGGCGGAUAGGGGGGAUGGAUGAUCACACUAUUUUGCUCGAACUAGGGCGUCUAGCUACGAACUGGGUGGAGCGGAAUAGUGUGAUCACCAGUCCCAAGGAGUUUUUACUCCCCGCGGACAAAAAACUGACUUCAGGAUGGUUCCCCAAAAACAAAAAAACACACAUUGAAGAAGGAAUAAAGAAAGAAAAAGUUACGGUGCAGGGAGUAAAUAACCCAGUACCGGCGGGUGUUUGUGAUCCUGCCACGAGUCACACCCUGUCGUCAUCCAACGAUCGUGUGCAAAUUCCUCCCGGAGAUGUGGGUGCCUUGGCAUCUGUGGUCGAAGGUAUUGCUACAAGCACGGCCUUCGGGCAACAAAACAGACAGAGGGUCUGAGGAACUCAGGGGAAGCAUACGCUCGACCCAGCCUUCAACGACUCCGACUCCGACAGCAGCAGCAACAAUACUACCGUCCUGCGAAACCCUACUAAGGAAGAGGCGCACAAGACGAUAGAAGAAGUGAGUGACAGCUUGGCGAAGCUCACAACCAGAACAAAAAAGCUGUCUGGGGCCCAACGGCGAAAGCUCAAAAGGCAACAAAACAGCAAAAAUGCUAAGGCGCAGGAUGUUCCAAAGGGGGCUACAAAUACUCUCCCACUCCGUUGGAGACACCGAAGAGGAUAAGGUCCCCUUAUCCGGGUCCUUUCGCGAAGCCGGCGAAAAAGAAAAAGAGCUUCCCACCUGCAGAUGCUCCGGGCAAACUACGUCAAGGGCCUCGUAAAAGAAUCUGUAACAGGAAUCCUUUGACCGCAAAGACAGCCAAAAACAGUUGAGGGACGAAAUGCAUUAUGCAUUCAUUGAUCGAUACCAACAAAGGUUCAGGCAACUUGCAUAAAGACCAUUUGGAAGAUUUAGAGGAAAUGGUCAACAAUAAUAAUUUGGAUCACAUCAUGGAAAGUGGAGAUUCAAUACGUAUCGCGAGCAGCGGCAUGAAGAAUAAUAAAAUAUUCUUCAAGCUUCCUGCGCAUGCCAACACUGCCGCCUUAAAGGGGAUUAUCGAGAAGAUAAAACCCCCGUGGGAAAACGGCAGCCUAGAGUUGGUGAGGUGGAACGAAAUUCCUCGCCUAACUAAAACGACGGUAUACGUCAGAGGAUUUGGCAGCAAAUUCGGGAAGGAACGUAUGCUCGAAGUCUUUGGAAUGCAAAAUAAGACUUUGGACGUGAAGAGAUGGGAAGUCUUUCACAGAGAGCAGAAGGAGGAUGGCACUCUCCUUGUGAUUGGAGUUGACGAUCUCUCGAUGGCCAGUCUGACAAAGACUAAGGGCAUGGUAUUCUAUGUCUCGAACGCUGUCAAGUUCAAAAAUAAUAAGGUGAGGAUCGGAGACGAAGACACCAAGUGUAGCAGCGAAGAGGAGAAAGAAGACCCCCCAAGCAACACAGAACAGGGGGUCGGUGACAAUAUUACCGACUCUCAAGAAGCCCGUCUACUGGAGGACCAAUGAUCAAGGCGAUCCAGAUCAACCUUCAUCAGAGCGAGACGGCAACCUUGGCUCUAAUGAAACUAAUAUAUUCAGGUAAGAUGCACAUUGGUUUAAUUCUGGAACCUUGGACAGUUCAGAACGAGGUCUCUGGACUAAAUCAUAUAAACUACCAACUAUUCUAUGCCAAUACAGGGUCUCGACCGAAAACUUGUAUAAUAUGUCACAAAAACUUAUGUUUUCUUUUCUCCCCAGAAUUAUCGACAAUGGUCUGAGGCAGGGGAAUGGAAACAUAUACCUAGCGUCAGUAUACUUAACGUUCGACGCGCCGACAUUACCACCUUCGUCGGAACUGCAACGGCUGGUGAGCAAAACAAAACAAACAGGUAACGAAGUACUAGUAGGUAGCGAUGCUAACUCUCACCAAAUAGCGUGGGGUAUUGCUAACAUUAAUAAAAGGGGCCAUUCCCUACUAGAUCAUCUAAAUACUAACGACCUAAUAAUUCAUAACAUUGGGAAUAAAGCAAUCUUUGUAAACAAAAUUAGGGAGGAGGUUUUAGACAUUAAUUUUUGUUCAGGAAAUCUUAUAAACGAGAUUCAGAAUUAAGUUCUGAACUAACACGGCCCCGCCGAACCCAAUACGUUUCCGGAACAAAUCCAAGACUGACUGAAUGAAGUAUGAGAGACUAGUAAAAGAGAGGCUAGGACAGGGAAUUGAAUGCCUAAGCACAGACGACAUAGACAGAGAUGUCAAUAGGUUAACGGAGACCCUAGUAAUGUCCUUCGAGGAAUGCUGACCACUUCGAGAGAGGAAAUCUGCCUACGAAAAACCCUGGAUGGCAGGGGAAGUUCGUAUCAAAGGAAAAGAAGCCCGAAGACUUUACAACAGAGCUCGGCGUAAAAAACUGGCAGUGUUCUGGGACAGCUACCAUGACAAACUUAAAGAAUACAACAAAAUAGUAAGAACUCCUGGAAGCUUUUCUGCGAACAGGUUGAUAGCGUGAAUGAUGUUUCAAAAAUAAAAGUUUCUUUCAAAAACCUUAGGGCUUCUGAUGAGCACACACUUCCCGCCGAGCAUCACGACACACGCGGAUAUAUCGGAAGAUAGAAGGAUCGCGACUGAGGAAGCACCUAAAAUUGAUGAAUCGAUGGUUAAGGAAGCCAUCAGCAGUUUACGGCAACAGGACCAGAUAUGGUCUUCCCGGCUCUGCUCUAAAAGGAAGUGGACCUUAUUUCGUCCAACUUAGCCGGAAUUUUCAAUGCGUGCCUAGGGUUUGCGUAUACCCCUAAAGCCUGGCAGGAAUCGAGGGUAGUUUUUAAACCCAAAUCUGGGAAGGCAAGCUACGCAAUACCCAAGUCUUAUCGGCCGAUAAGUCUAACAUCGUUCUUACUCAAAACCAUGGAACGCACAAUCGAUACCAUGAUAAAGAACAGGAU